CGCUGACGUCAUCAGCGCGUGUCGCAGGGCUCUGCUCGUUGCUGCUGCAGGAACCGCAGUUGUUUUCCGGCCUGACGUUUGGGUCCACAGCUGAGAAGAUGAUGGAAGAAAGUGGGAUCGAGACGACCCCCCCCACCAGCCCUGCACCUCUGACAGUGAUGUCGCCCAUCAGCUGCCCACCCAGCACCGCUGGUCUGUCUGGUCCCGGCUCCAUCGGUCCAGCCAGCGUCUCCACCCCUCUGGGAUCUGGCCCCGGCCCUUCUUCCUUCAGCAGCCCUCUGGCCGCUCCGUCUCUCCUUCCCUCCCAGCUUCCUCCUGCCUCCACCUUUGUCUCCCCUUUGACCAGCAGCUCUCCCUUCCCCCCCUCCUCCUCUCCCUCCCCUUCGUUCCCACCCAUGGCGUCCUCCAUCAGACCCCCCCCAGCAGCCGGCAUGUCUGCUCCCCCCGCCAGGCCGCCCGUUCCCAACUUCUCCAUGAGCGCUGGCUACGACAUCACACGUGGCCACGCCGGUCGAACGCCACAGACGCCACUGAUGCCCACGUUCUCCAGCCCGACUGCUCUGCCAGGUGUGGUGUCUAACACCAUGGUGCAGCAGCCGACCAUGACGGGAGGACUGGAUUCUGGGUCUCCAAUCACGUUCCCUGAGGAGCAGGAAGACCCCCGGGUGUCUGGAGACACCAAUCCUGGAGGCGGCAUCUGGGGCUUUUUCAAGGGAGUGGCAGGUAACGCUAUGGUGAAGACGGUCCUGGAUAAAACCAAGCACUCAGUGGAGUCCAUGAUCACCACUCUGGACCCCGGCAUGGCCCCGUACAUCAAGUCUGGAGGUGACAUCGACGUUGUGGUGGCAUCAGAUAAGGAGACAAACAUUGAAGCAAUCAGACAUGCCUUUCAAGAGGUCUUUGGGAUGGCGAUGGUCACUGGAGAGCCCGGUCAGUCCAACAUCGCGCCCCAGCCUGUGGGCUACGCCGCAGGUGUCAAGGGAGCUCAGGAGCGCAUCGACGGCCUCCGCCGAGCCGGCGUGAUCCACGAGAAGCAGCCGGUGGUCUCUGUGGAGAACUUCAUCGCUGAGCUGUUCCCUGACAAGUGGUUUGACAUCGGCUGUCUGAUCUUGGAGGACCCGUGCUUCGACAUCCGCAUCGAGGUGUUCACCCAGGCGACUCCUCUGGAUCUGCACCACAUCCAGCAGGCUCAGGGCCUGACCCCCCCUGACUACGGCCUGCGCUGGUCCGGCCUGCUGGUCACCGUGGGGGAGGUUCUGGAGCGCAGCCUCCCCAACAUCAACAGAAUGGACUGGCAUCAAUCAGUGACGGGAACGAGCCAGCGCCACAUGGUCCAGAGCGCCGCCAAGACGUUGGCGGGAAUCUACAAACAGAAGCUGCCCCCCAGGACAGUCUGAGGCGCAGGGCUCCCAGGGCUCCCAGGGCUCCCAGGGCUCCCAGGGAUCCCAGGGCUCCCAGUUCCUGGGGCGUACCGGGGAGAGCGGGACUCCUACCGGAGUUGAGACUGGCUGGUGGGACGUGAGGACGUGAAGCUCCACCUUGACCCUCUGUGUGCUUUCAGGCCAAAAACGUGCACGUUUGUUUCAAGAUGUUUGUGUCUGAGCUGUAGACGUGGAACCACAUUCCUGCGUUUUACUAAAAAUGUCCUCAAAUAUCAAUCUCCAAACACCGCCAAACCAUGAAGUGACUGCACCCUCGUCCCUCUUUCUCAUCCCGUUGGUUGAUGUCAGUUACAUUUUUAUGUCCUUAUCUUCUGAACUAACAUUUUAUAGUAAAAACUGUGUCCCAGCUGAACUGUCACCACAUCCAAACUUCAGGAGAAACUCAGAUCAAACACAGAAGACCUCAGUGUGAUCAGGACCCCGGCCCCGGGGGGAGGGCUCCGGGGCCGGGGUCCUGAUCCUCCUACAGAUCUCCUUCGUCUUGUGUGGAACUAAAGAGAUGUGAUCAGUGCCUUUGCAAAACAUCUCAGGAAGGCAGUGUGUUGCAGCAGUGCAUCAAAGUGCUGUUUGGUCCAACGUCAACCAAAAUCCAGUCUCAGGGCAUUAUUCAGUCUUUGUUCUCCUUUGUGGCGGCAUUUACUAAACCAGGGAAGUUCUUCCUGAAGUGUGCAACAAAAACUAAAAGCUGCUAGACAUGCAGCCUUACAGUGUGCCUGAGAAACCAUCUCCAUUAGUCAUUGAUCUCUUCCUAGAAACACCUUCAAACUAACAAAGUUGACAAAUAAAUAUAACUGUAGAACCUAGUUCUACUAUGUCUGGCCAUUAUCCUUUUUUCCUAGUUUGACGCAUUCGUGUUCAUUAAAAGUUUGUCUUUGGAUAUGCAAAUCCAUUUAUUUGCAUUUGCAGCCCAAAAAAUAAUAUUGAUCAAACUCCAAAUGUGAAAAGAUAUAAAAUGUCAACCAGCACAGCCUAUCAAAAACACAAUCACGAUCACGUUCAAAACCUAAUAGCCUUCUAGCUCAUUGCCAGCCUGGCUUCAAUCACGGCCAGGUUUAAAUCAGUUACCAUAACGACCAAUAAAAUAUGAAAUGAGGUCAUAGCAGAGACACAUAAAAUAGAGAGACAGGAAAUGCAGAGCUCCAUCUGCUGAAUGCAGAAGGCAUAAAACAAACCAUGUAUCUUGGCUCCAACAAUAACAAAGUUGCUCGGUUGAAAUGGAAAUGCUGUGUUACUCUAAAGCAGUGUCUCCAACCCUGGUCCUCAGGACUCCUGUCCUGCAGGUUUAGAUGUUUCCCUGCUUUAUCACCCUGAUACAAGUGACUGUGUCAUUAACAGACUUGUCCAGACCAGGGGCCGGAUUCACCAAUAUGUUCUUAAGAACGAUCUUAAGAAAUGUCUUAAGAUCUAAAAUUAAGAAUUUCAUAAGAAAGUUCUUAAGUGCAAUUCCUCAAUAUUUUCUUAAGAACUGUCUUAAGAACUGUCAUUUCUUACGAAUUUCUUAUUUUUCCUACUUAAGAACUUCUUAAAAUAUGUCAUUGCAUUGCACGCGCCAACAAACAACAUUUAUAGGUAGUUUGGUCUUAACCGUCAGUCACUCACUAAACAUGGAGACGGAGAAAAAGAGAUGCAGGAACUUUUCCAGGUUGUGGUUGAUGAGAUUAAUGUGCGAAAAAAAAAUACUAUUGGGGAAAAUUAAUAAUAAUUAACUACCACGCUAACUAACAUGCUAACAAACAGGUUCUUUGUGUAAUUAAUUACAAAGUAUAUCCUCAAACUAUGACCUACUAGUCUAAACUUGUCUAAAAUGUGUUGAAAAAGGUGAUAUAGAGUCUUACCUUUUCACAGAAGACAUUUUAAGACAGGUCAAGGUUGUCUUAAAGUUAAGAAAAAAGUCAAGAACAAAUUUGAGAACUUUUAUUUCUAGGAUACCAUUUAUUCUUAAGUUUUUUCUUAAGAAGAAAGUUGAGAAAAUACUUAAAAACUUUUUUGGAGAAUGACUUCUUUUCUUUUUUCUUCUUAAGACUGAACUUAAGAAAAAAAAGACACUUAAGAAGAUUUUUUUUCUUAAGAAUGUUUUGUGAAUCCGGCCCCUGGAUGACAAGCUGAUGACGACCAUUAACUAGAAUCAGGUGAUGCAGGGAAACAUCUAAAACAUGCAGGACAGGGGGUCCCGUGGACCAGGGUUGAAGACCACGGCUCUAAAUCCAUCAUUGUCCAGUGGCACGUCACCCCGAGUUCACGUUAGGAUGCUGAGAAGUAGGAAGAAGCCACAUCUGGCUGCUAAACUGCUGAAGUGGAAAGAUGUGCAAUUCCUUGAAAGGCCACUAGUAUGCAACCUGCAGCAGAAGCCAACAUAUUUACAGCCUGGUACAGCGGCACUGGGGCAGGUUUUAUCCACCUCAUCAACUCAUAUUAUGAAAGCCACAUCUUUUUUUUUUUUUUUUAAUCCUUUCCUGAGUUUGGAGGGGUCUCCGGUCUGCAGCUGGGACCCAGUUACAGAGUCUGUUUGUAAAAACCUGUGUCGCAUUAACUCUUUCCAGUUUGUUUUGUGCAACAUCUGUCCAGCGCAGCUGCUGUGGAUGUGCACUGGUUCGGUGACGGCCAGCCCGGACACGCGGACGCCUGCAGGAUGACGGCGCCCGUCACGUUGACUAGAAUGAAGCUGCGUUACGUCCCGCGGUGUCAGGUGGCCAGAGGAAGUUACUUGUACAACAGAUGGUUAUUUUAACACAAUUACUACUCGCUGUUGGUGGAAAUAACAUUUUGUUCAAUAAAUGUGCCUUUUUACACAAAUCACUAACCUCGGUGGUCGAUGUUGUCUCCUCCAGUUCAUCUUUGCACGUGCAGACGCAACGUCGACCGAACCGCGUCGUUCGCACUUCUCCGAACACGGCUCCUAAAAUAUAAAUAUGGGAAUUCAUGAUAACAGAACAUGACUGACCUUUUACGGUUUCAAAAAAGCUGCUGGUAGUUUCCCCAGACUUCCCAGUGUCUAAGUAACGGACUGCAACACGGACUCGCUUGCCUUUUUUCACACCGCCUUCAUCCACAGACUUUAAAGGACAGAGGUGUCAAGUAACAAAGUACAAAUACUUCGUUACCUUACUUAAGUAGUAAUUUUGGUUAUCUAUACUUCACUGGAGUAAUUAUUUUUUAGACAACUUUUUACUUUUACUCCUUACAUUUUCACGCAAUUAUCUGUACUUUUUACUCCUUACAUUUUAAAAACAGCCUCGUUACUCUAUUUCAUUUCUGCCUUUAAUAAAAACUAUCCAGUUAAAUUGCUCCAUCCGGAUAGAGUGAAUUUGGUUGUGGUUGUUUCAGAUGUUCUUGU